AAAAUAUAAAAUGUUAUGUAUUUUCUGGUCCUAAAAAAUUAUUAAAAGAAGCAAGAAAAAUUAAUGGAAUCGAUAGUUGGAUAACUUUGUGGGCUGAUGAUUUUGUAUUUAAAAUUGAUAUUAAAAUUAACUUAAAAUUACUUGAAUAUAAUAUUGAAAAUAAUGAAAGUAAUGAAGAGAUAGAAUUUGAGAUAAUAGAAGUUUCAGAAAAUAAAAAAUAG